AUGAAAAGUUUAAGCUGGAAUGCACGUGGGCUUGGAAACCCACGUGGCAUUAGAGCACUUCAUGAUUUAGUCAAGAAAGAAGGUCCCGAUAUAAUGUUUUUACAAGAAACAAAAGUAAGCAGCAGAAUAAUGGAUAGAGUAAAGUAUCAGGUGGGAUUACAUAAUUGUCUAACAGUUGAUUGUGAGGGAAGAAGUGGAGGCCUUAGUUUGUUAUGGAGACAGGAAGUUGAGCUGACAAUUAAAAGUUUUUCUAAGCAUCAUAUUGAUGCUGAAGUGAAAGACAGUGAUAAUAAAGGUUGGUGGCAAGUAACAGGUCUAUAUCGACACCCAGAAACCAGUAGGAGGGAAGAAACUUGGGACUUAAUGAGGUCUUUAAGUAGGGGUGCUCAUGAGAGAUGGUUGGUGAUGGGUGACUUUAAUGAAAUAACCAGUAGAAUGGAAAAAAAGGGUGGGAAGGAUAGAGCUGAAUUACAAAUGGAGAGUUUUAGAAGAAUAAUAGAUGACUGCACAUUAAUUGAUCUGGGUUCUGAAGGAACCAGUUUUACAUGGUGGAACAGCAGGGAAGGGGUAAAUGCCAUUCAUGAAAGACUAGAUCGAGCCCUAGCAAACAAUGCAUGGUGUAGAGCUUUUCCUUAUGCAAAGGUGUUUCAUACCAUUGCUGCUUAUUCAGACCAUAACCCUAUUGUGCUACAAACUGAGGGUUGUGUGCAAAAGUUUAAAGGCCAAAAGCCUUUCAUGUUUGAAGCAGUAUGGACAGAAAGUGAAGAAUGUGCAAAGGUGAUUGAGAAGGCUUGGCAAGUUCACUGUGGGGAUGGACCUAUUGGAGAGGUGGUGAACAAGAUUUCGAGGUGUAGUGGCAGGUUGCUAAGGUGGAACAAAGCUAGUUUUGGAACAGUCUAA